CAACAAGCAAACUUUAGCGACAUUCCAAAUUCAAAUGAAAACAACGCUGUGAUGAAACUGUAUUUAUUUUUCCAAUAAUUCCAUUUGGUUCAGCUCGUCUCGCGCAUGACAAAAAGUAACGUUGUGUACAAUACUGAGAAUGUUUCAUAUCAUGGGGUGUUCUAAGACUGACUUUCAACGGUAGUCGCCUUCAGCAGUAAUUUUGGAUUGUUUCGCGUGUAGCCUUAGUAAGCGAUGUUUUUAAUUUGGUUGUUUUUCUAUUCGAUUUGGUUCUUGGGAACGGAAGGACGUCACUCCAGGUUUAUCAGCGUCCCUUCCAAUCCAACUUUUUCGCAUAGUGGAAACAAUGUGACAUUGAUAUGGCGCUAUCACUUAAGUCAAGCUGACAGGGCUAAUUUCCACCGACUAUUGUUUGGUCAGUGGAGCGAUGGCGAUAUUUCAAUACCCUUGAUGAGCUUGUCAAAGAAUGGAAGUUUGGUUUCGCGCUCCAAACGUAUUGAAUGGAUUGGAAACAAAACUACAGCCGCAUUUCGACUUUAUCGCGUGACUGCUCAAGAUGGCGGAGAGUACGGUUGUAUGUUAGAGUUCUCAGGGGCAUUUACUGUGCGUCAUACAGUACAGCUUGCAAUAGUUGCUCCACCGCAAAUCAAAGAGAAAGGCAGCAACAUAGCGAAAGUGGAGGCUUCAGUAGGUACCUCUGUCGUACUACCGUGUCACGUGACUGGCAAUCCUCAGCCGUGGAUUUUAUGGCAACGAGAUGGACAAACAUUGCAGAACGGCACAAUAUUGAGUGACUUAAUAAUACCAGGUGUUCUUGCAAAUAUGACGGGAUUGUACACCUGUAUCGCUGGCAACCAAGCUGGAAUUGAUAAAUAUCAAGUGUUGUUGCUCGUGACGUCAUGCGGGCAUUCUGGUGAUAUUACACAUCUCGCCCAAGAUUCACUGCACCAAGACCACAAUCAUGGUAUGGACACCCCAGCCAGCUUCACCCCAACAAUAGUAGUUUGUGUGAUUUUAUUCUCCAUCUUUGGCGCCUAUUUCUUUUUCCGAUCUGCUGGAGAAAGAACCAAGAAGCUCAGGAAAUACGAUAGAAUGCCACAGGAUGAACAGGCAAGAAGCCUUAUGGGUGAAUGGUCGAACUUCGCCGACAAUGGUGAAAAAAUUUGAACACUUAACCUACAUAAAUGACAUAUUACCCAAAAUCAGCCAGAAGUUUUGCUUUCUCGCCUGUAAUUUAUUCGUCACAACUCAUUAAAAUUUAUUUGGAGCCUCAACGAUGAAAAACCUUACGCAUUCAAUUCAAUGACUUUAUCGAUCUUGAGAGUGGCAAUUAUUAGAAGAUUACUUUUGAGUAGACUGUGGUGGACUGAAGUUGGUGUCAGCAGUACAGGAAUGCAUGUUAACGCGUGAUUCGAACUAAAGUGUGUGCAGGACUGUUCAUUUCCAAAGGAGUUAACAUCUAAAAUGCGAGGAAGUAGACAUUCUGAGUCAGCAGUAUCCCAGCAUUUCUAAGGCUAUACUACUCAAAACACCUACGUCCUUCCUCCUUAGGGAGAAUAUUUAAAUCGAUUGCGAGGAAAAGAUGCACUUCUCGUCAAUUCUGUUGAAGACCUACCUCGCGGAGAGGAUGAAGUACCAACAACAAUUACACCCAAAUGAAAAGACAGGCGAGGAAUCUCUAAAUAUAACACUAAUGGUGAGCAGGCAUCGACUCUAAUAAGGGUAUUGAGGAAUCUGUUAAAUCUACCUCAAGAUCUUAACAGUGGACACGAAAAACUAAUCGGAAUAAUCACAAUCAGUGAACAAAAACAGUUAGUUUUAUUUAAUGAUCUUUUAGGGAACAGCAAGUUUCAAGUCUAACUAGUAACUGCUACAAUAGGUUCUACUGUAAUAA